AUGGAGCAGCUUGAAUACUCAUCCCACGCGCCCGAGCCCGUCGCGCCCAGCACACCAACCGCAAACCCCUACCCGCGCCUCCCGCCACAUCUCCUCCUCCCAACAAAUCCUCCAGAACCAGACUACCUCCGCCUGAUCCUCACCUCAAAAGUCUACGACAUCGUCCAAGAGACACCCCUGGUCCUCGCCACAAACCUCAGCGCAAAACUCGGCAACCAGAUCUACCUCAAACGCGAAGACUUGCAGGAAGUGUUCAGCUUCAAGAUCCGCGGGGCGUACAAUUUCAUGGCGAGUCUGAGCGAGGAGGAGCGCUGGAAGGGCGUCGUCACUUGCAGCGCCGGUAACCACGCGCAAGGCGUAGCCCUCUCCGGCGCCCGCCUCGGCAUCCCCUGCACCAUUGUAAUGCCCACGGGCACACCCAACAUCAAAGUGCGCAACGUCGCGCGCCUCGGCGCCAAAGUCGUUCUGCACGGCGCGGACUUCGACGCAGCCAAAGCCGAAUGUGCGCGCCUGGCAUCGACACACGGUCUCGUGUUUGUCCCGCCGUACGACGAUCCGCUCGUCAUCGCGGGCCAAGGCACAAUCGGGCUCGAAAUCCUCAAACAACUACCCGACGCCGGAACCCUCGAAGCCGUAUUCGCCGCCGUCGGAGGCGGAGGCCUGAGCGCGGGAAUCGCGAGCUACGUGAAACGCAUCGGGGCGCCCACGAGCAAAGUCGUCGGCGUCGAGACGUUCGAUGGCGACGCGAUGGACCGCAGUCUCAAAGCUGGGGAGAGAGUGACGCUGGACGAGGUCGGCCCGUUCAGCGAUGGGACGGCCGUGAAGAUCGUCGGCGAGGAGCCGUUCCGCGUUUGUCGGAAGUUGUUGGAUGGGGUCGUGAAGGUCGAGAACGACGAGAUUUCGGCGGCGAUCAAGGAUAUAUUCGAAGAAACGCGCAGUAUAACCGAACCCGCAGGCGCACUCGCCCUCGCCGGCCUCAAACGCUACAUCGUCCACCACAAACUCAUCGGCUCCAACAAAAAAUUCGUAGCGGUCGUCUCGGGCGCAAACAUGAACUUCGACCGCCUCCGCUUCGUCGCCGAGCGCGCCGAACUCGGCGAGGGCCGCGAAGCUUUACUCUCAGUCGAGAUCCCCGAAACGCCCGGCAGCUUCUUCGCGCUGCACACCGUCAUACACCCGCGGCCCGUCACGGAGUUCAUAUACCGGUACAACGACGCGAACAGGGCGCAUAUCUUUAUAUCGUUCCAUUUGUCGACAAGGGACCGCGCGAGCGAGGUCGGCGCUGUGCUCAAGCAGCUCGAAGAGGGCGGGAUGAACGGGCACGAUAUUUCCGAUGACGAGCUGUCCAAGACGCACGCGCGGUACAUGAUCGGCGGCACGUCGGACGUGCGCAACGAGCGCGUGUUCCGCUUCGAGUUCCCCGAGCGGCCGGGGGCGCUGAGGCGGUUUUUGGAGACGCUGCAUCGCGGGUGGAAUAUCAGUUUGUUCCAUUAUAGGAACCAUGGGGCGGAUUUGGGAAAGGUGUUGGCGGGCAUACAGGUGCCGGAGGGGGAGGAGGGCGAGUUUGAUGGGUUUUUGAGAGAGCUGGGGUAUCCGUAUGUGGAGGAGACGGGGAAUGCGGUGUAUAGGAGGUAUUUGAGGAAGUAG